GAGUUCUUCCAGACCAUCGACGGGAACGACUCGGGCGACAUUGACGUGGACGAGCUUCAGGUUGCGCUGUCAGCCAUGGGGAUCAAGGCAAACAUGGAAGAAAUUCGGAUGAUCCUGCAAGAGUUUGACGUCGAUGGCAACGGCCGCCUCUCCUUUGACGAGUUUCACGACCUCGUGCGGAGGCUCCGGCCUGACGUGAAAUUCUCAGACCUCAAGAAGUCAGGAGCUGCUCUCGUCCUCCACGCCAUUCGCCAGACCUCCAGCCAUCCCCUGCUCCGAGCCAAGAGCGGCUUGCUCGCUUGCUUGUUCCGCGAGACCAACGAGGCCAUCAGCGCUCGCGUGCAGCAGGGGGAGGCUCCGGCUUCAGUGAUAGCACUUAGUCUCCUUCUGGAGUGCUUCUACCUUCCGCAGAAGCAGGGUCAGAGAUACUUCUUUGCUAUCAUGCUGCUCUCCCUCACCAUCGCGUGCCUGCCGCUGGUCAUCCGCGCCUGUCUCAACGAGCCUGUUUUCGGCACUAACAUGGCCCAGCACAUGUUCUACCUGUUCCACACCCUCGCCAGCUACGGCUUCUUCAUCAUGGCCUACUUCGCCUACGCCCCCUGCCUCUGGCUUUGGCGCCUGAUGCGUCUUGCUCAGAAGCUGCUGGACUUGAUCGCUCCUCCUUCUGGGAUCACCUUCGAGUGGAACAUCCGCAAGGGCUCCGUGGCUAGCUCACGCUCUGCGCUGCCUCGGAUUGACCUUCGCAAGCCAGGCAACGUAGAAGGCUGGGCAGCGCUGUGGCGCGUCAUGCAUGGUCGGGCGUUUGCUCCUUCGAUCGAGCUGAAGUUUCAGCUAUACAGUUGCGCAUGCCUUGGGG